AAAUGCUUCUGGUGGUUGGUUGCGUCUUCCGACGGCCUCUCCAGUGCGAAUCCUUUAAACUGGGAUUCCUUUCGUUUUUAUUUUAUUUUAUUAUUUGAUUAGGUUUUUUUUGUGGGGGGGGGGGGGGAGUCGGGGGUUGUCUUGCGCAGCGCGAGUCCAUGCCGACGAUGAUCAGCAAAGUGAAGAGCGCCAUGUCCACGCUGGUGGGUGGGAUGAUGCCCCACGGCCACGGCCACCAUCACCAUCACAACCAUCACGACGGCGGCGGAGGUGGCGGCGCGCAGUCCGGGGGAGGGGACGGCCUGCCGCCGCGCUUCCCCUACGGCCGCCCGGACUUCCUGGAGCUCAGCCCGGAGCUGCUCCAGUAUUCCACCGAGCACGCCUCGCGGCCGGUGCUGACGCUGAAGCGAGGCGGUAGGCUCCCCUGGAACACCGGAUACGCCGAGGUGAUCAACGCCGGCAAGAGCAUGUUGAACGAGGACCAGGCCUCCUGCGAGAAACUGUUUGUGAGGAAGCCCAGCGGAAAGCAGCGCAACUCCACUCUGCUGGAGGACAACGGGGACGGCACAGGGAUCCCCCUCUACUUCUGGGGCGUGUUCGACGGCCACGCCGGCUCCGGCGCCGCCAUCAUGGCCUCCAAGCUGCUCCACCGCCUCAUCCGGGACCGGCUGGGCGAGAUCUUCCACUUGCUGAAGAACCACGGGGGGGCGCCGCCGCCCAUCUGCUUGGCCAAGAACGGCAGCCCGUACCAGGCCGAGAUCAAGAAGGGGGCGGCGCAGGAGCCGGACGAGCCCGACGGCGUCGGCGAUUCGGCCGUGCGCUACCACACGGAGAAGGUCGUCAGUCUGGAAUGCCUCGUGAUGGGCGUCAUUGAGACGGCAUUCAAGCAGAUGGAUGACCUGAUCGAAAAGGAGAAAGUGUCGUACGCCAUUUCUGGCGGCUGUUGUGCCUUAGCUGCCAUCCAUCUCAUGGGCAAACUCUAUGUUGCCAACGCCGGCGAUAGCAGGGCGAUAAUAAUCCGGAAUAAGGAAAUUGUUCCCAUGACCAACGAGUUUACACCAGAGUCGGAGAGACAACGACUGCAGUAUCUGGGAUUUCUGAGGCCGGAGCUCCUGGGCAACGAGUUCACGCACAUCGAGUUCCCGCGCAGGAUCCAACACAGCGAGCUGGGCAAGAAGAUGCUGUACCGAGACCACACCAUGAGUGGCUGGGCUUACAAGACAAUCGUUGAAGAUGAUCUGAAAUUUCCGCUCAUAUACGGAGAGGGGAAAAAGGCCCGGGUCAUGGCGACCAUCGGGGUGACUCGCGGUCUGGGGGAUCACGACCUGAAGGUGUACAGCUCCAACAUUUACAUCAAGCCGUUCCUCUCUUGCGUUCCCGAGGUGCAAGUGUACGACUUCGACGACGCCAAACACGGGCCGGACGAUGUCCUCGUCAUGGGCACGGACGGACUGUGGGACGUAACCACGGACAAGGACGUGGCGGACGCCGUCUCGGCCUACCUCGCGUGUUGCGACCCCUCGGACCCCAUGAGGUACACACUGGCGGCGCAGGACCUGCUGAUGCGCUCGCGAGGAGUUCUGAAAGAGCGCGGCUGGCGGCUCCCCAACGACAGACUGGGCUCGGGCGACGACAUCACCGUGUUCGUCGUCCCGCUGGCGGGACACGAGGCCGAGACGUGAGACGCGAGCCGAGGGACCGGCCGGGUCUGGAGACUCGGGUCUGAGCAGCACCUUCAUCCACUUCGAGAUUUUCCGACCUUUUCUUUCCCGACUCCUCACAGGAGACUUUCUAGCGGUGUCCUCUUCCUCAGUGACGAAGCCCCCCAACUCCCACCCCACCCUCUCACUCCCCCGCGCGUGGUACUUCCUGUUUACGAGGCUGGGCAGCUAGUUUCAAAACUCAGCAUGGACGGUGCAUAUUCACACCCAUCCUAAAUGUGAUUCCUUUUUAUAUAGACGCGCCUCUCUGUAGCAUAAAAGAAUGUGAGGAAACCAAAGAGAUGCCUUCGUGGCACCGGGAUGGAAUGAAAAGAUCGCGACAAAAAAAAGAAGCAUGGGGUCGACGUAAAUGGACCUUUUCCUGCGCCACAUAAUCAUCAGUCUGUAUUCUCCUUUGUGGGUGAUGAAGGUAGGACAGCACUUGAAGAAUGUUUUGCACAUAUGAUGUCAUUUUUUUGGGAAGAAAAAAAAAAGAUACUGUACAUGGAAAGCGUGAUGGAUCACAAUCGGCGCUUUUAGUUUUGUUUUAGGAGAACAAUGUCUAGGUAUAGUAAGCUGUGAUGAAAAUUCACACAUAUGCCUUAUUAGAAGUCGACUAAAGCGUUGGUAUUAUCGCACCGCACGAGGGAUAUGACCAUAACUGUACCGUAUACCUCUCUUUUUUUGUCAUCAUGGUUGUUAUUUCAAUUUUCCAUAUAAUAUUAAAGAUGACAGAAAAUGUUUUUUUAUUUUUAUCUUUCUUAUUCAUAUGUGCUUGUUUUAGAAAUGUACGAUACGGCCGAUAUGAAAUGUGAACGAUGUCGUGUUCCUCUUUAGAAAUAAAUCACAAUUUUCCCAGCUGUCUCUCUUGACUAUUGUAUUUAUUUUAUUACGUUUUAUCGUGUAUGUCACUUCUUAAAGUCACUUCUCACUUGAGAAAGUUGCUUAGCUGAGUAGAGACAAGAUGUAAAAUCAUAAACUGUUGAUGCUUUUGUUACUCCGGUUGCUAGCUUGCGUUGCAACUGUGAGCAUGUUAGCGAUGGACCUGUCAAUCACUCGUACAAUAAUAGCCAAUCAGAUAGCCGCAUUGCCUUAACCCCU